AUACACACGUUGUCCUCAGCAGUGUUCACUGUGUGGCACCAGCGCCCUCUAGUGUCGGGCCGCAGUAUGAGCCUCCUCCUGAUUGGCUGAGCGGUUGUCAGGACUGUUUACAGGAAACAUGGCUUCUCGGUCUGUUGGAGAGCUUCAAGAAAUGGAAGUGGACCGGAGGGGAGAGUCUGAGGAGUCUGGUGAUGAUGAGACCAGGAGGAGGAGUAUCAAUGGCGAUGUGGACCCCAAUCAGCCCACUACCACAGGUAAAGAAGAGUCUCCUGUUGACAUGGACACCAUAACCUUGGACCCAGAGGAAGAGGAUGUUGAUCUUGUUCAUUGUCGCAUUGGGAAGAUUGAAGGAUUGGAGGUGCUACAGAAGGCUAAAACACUCUCCUUACGACAGAAUCUCAUUAAAAAGAUAGAAAACCUUGACAGUUUGACCUCACUGCGAGAACUAGAUCUCUAUGACAACCAGAUCCGUAAACUGGAGAACCUGCACCAACUCACGGAGCUGGAGCAGCUGGACAUGUCCUUCAACAUGCUGAGGAAGGUGGAGGGUUUGGAGCAGUUGACUCAGUUGAAGAAACUUUUCCUGCUUCACAACAAAAUUAGCAGCAUUUCCAACCUGGAACACUUCACAGGCCUGGAGAUGCUGGAGCUGGGCUCCAAUCGAAUCCGGGUCAUAGAGAACCUGGAUACACUUUCGUCUUUGCAAAGUUUGUUUCUUGGCACCAAUAAAAUAACUAAGCUUCAGAAUCUGGAGGGUUUACACAACCUGACUGUUUUAAGCAUUCAGAGUAACCGGAUUACUAAAAUUGAGGGUCUACAGAACCUUGUCAGUCUGAGAGAGCUCUAUCUGAGCCACAAUGGCAUUGAGGUCAUUGAGGGCUUGGAAAACAAUAAAAAGCUCACAACCCUGGACAUUGCAGCCAAUCGGGUAAAGAAAAUCGAAAACAUCAGCCAUCUGACAGAACUGCAGGAGUUCUGGAUGAACGAUAAUCAGAUAGAUAACUGGUCAGAUCUUGAUGAAUUGAAGAAUGCCAAGUCUCUGGAGACGGUCUAUCUUGAAAGAAACCCUCUACAGAAGGAUCCACAGUACCGGCGAAAGAUCAUGCUGGCGCUGCCCAGUGUACGCCAGAUCGACGCUACCUUUAUCCGCUUCUAAACUGCAGUGUACAAUUCACCUGCCAACUUCAGUGUUCGUCCUCACCACCCUGCCUGCCCUACCCUCAAAACAAACUCCAUUUGGAAACACACUGGCCUCACUAAUUCAUAUAGUCACUCCGUACACAGAUAUACAUUCCAACAUUAAACUCACCCACGGCUCACUCGACAUACAUGAAUGCAUGUAUGCACUCAUUCACACCUUGAUCUAUGCUAUUGUAUGAAAGCUUAUUUAUUUAUUAAGCUGGAUAUGAACUGUGAAUAUGAUUUUUCCUGAAAGUACCCUAGGCCCAUUUCUUCACUUCUCCGUUGCACUUGUUUUUCUUUUACUGUUUUGCAUGUGGGACAAAGUAUGGAGACCUCUUCUUUCCUCCGUCACACAGUUCCCAUCAGGAAAAUGAUUAUUUAUCACGUUGUUGAAGUUGCACUGCUAUCACUUGUGAGGAAAGGCUGGCAAUUCUUACUAUUUGCGGGGGGGGGGGAUUGUUGUGAGUUUAUUCUUUUUGGUGGGUCAGGUUGAGACUUCUCAAAAGGUACACAGUUGGUGAAGAACAACUAAAUAUCAACUCUAAAUGGAAAGUCAAUAAUAAAAUAGAAUUUACAUAUUUUAAUCUGCUAAUCUUAUUUGGUUCAAACACGUUUCAAAACCUGAACAAGGUACAAAACUUUACUAAACUUGCAACCUAACACACGAUAGUGACACCAUGCUGAUUUAAGUUAGUUACAUUAGAGCCCCCUCCUUUAAUCUUUAACAAAAAACUGCAGAUACUGAUGAAUCAUUUUAAUAAACUGGUAUCUUUACUGAUGAAAGGCCGAUUUUGAUGUCCAGCAGUCUCGUCUAUUCCUUGUCCAGAUAUUUCACAACUCAUAGGACCAUUUCCUGAUCAAUAAGAGUGACCUCUGCAGUAAAAUAAAGCUCAUGAGAAUGUAAAAUCAUUGUCCAUAAAGAUGGUUAGUGGUAUUUCACCCCCUUUUAUGUAUUUGUUUUUACCUUGAACACAUCACUGAUUACAGCUUUGGUUCUCUUGUUCAUAAAUUUUAUUUUAACUGAUAAAAGUAAAAUGUAGGUUGUUUUUGAAGUGAAGUGACUCAGUAGUGGCAGGGCUAAUGUAAGAUAAAUUAAUUCAUGCUCAGACCAUUUAAAACACAUUCUGAAGAUUAAGAUUUUCAGAUGUGUAAAGACACUACAGUGACACAUUCUGCAAUAUUCUCAUUUGGCCUUCAGUAUUGAUUCAAGGUAAAUACUCAUUUAUGUCAAAGACGACCACCUUCAACAAAAACUAUGGGACCUAUUCUAAUGGUCCCACUGUAUAUAAUGCUCGAGUGCACUUGAAUUACUCCCUAUUACAAUUAAAAAGUGAUGCAGUUUUUGUAUGAAAAUAAUUUCCCACCUCAGGGCUAAAAGUCACACGUGGACAGAGGCAUCAGAUUUCAGUGCGCUGCUGAGUUUACGUGGAGAAUGCUAAACUAAGUGCUUUCUGUGCAACAUUAGAUACUGACCAUUAGCGUCUGAUUACUUUCAACUGGCUCUGUAGUAAUUAUUAAUAUCGAAUCUCUUUGUAGGGAAGAAAACAGUAGCAUGAUAUGCUGGUUUGUAUUAAAGAGAUCUUUAGCUGCUCUUUUUAAAACAAAAUUAAAUUAUUAUAAACCUUUUCAAUCCAAUUGUUAUCUUGAUCAUACCUCGACUGAAGCACUGUAUGAGCCCAUUUUAGACUAUCAGCAAAACUGAAGGACACUGCAUUAUUGAUAUGAAUGUAAUGUUAUUUUAUAUUCAGCUUUAACUAUAAUUACUUAACAAUUGGCCAGUGGGAUUGGAAGUGUCACUCUGUGUAUUUGUAAAUAUAGUUUGGACAUAUCAUGAUGUAGAAAGUCAGUGCCAUCAUCACCUUCCCUUUGUAAAGUGAAAUUCUUUUUUUUUCUUGUUUAUGCAGGCAGCACAACAGAUUUGUUUGAGAUACCGUAAUUAAGAUCUUAACUUGACCUUGAUUGGUCAUUGAAUGAGCAAUUAUUCAGAUUGCUAGAUGCUUGUUGUUGUUAGAACUGAUUAUUCAGGUUUUGGACUUGGUUGAAGCUGUUUUCAAACUGAAUGUAUUAUGCAAAUAACAAUAAAAUUACACUACUUAAAGAGCAA